GAUAAUAUUCUUGGAGAAAUACAGCAUAUUCAGUGAUUAGUUUAACAUAAUUUUCGGAUAAUAUCUUUAAAAACUAUUUUGAAACAAUAAUUAAAAAUGAGUGUAGAAGUGGAAAUCCAACCGCCCAAUUAUCAUCAUUGCAUUGAUAGUGAAAGUAAUCAACAUGAAAAAAUUGAACCAGAAGAGGAAAUGUCGACUGUAUAUAAUGAACAACCUAACAUCAUCUUAGAUCAAAAUACUACUGAUAAUAAUAAUAAUAAUAGUCAUGAUACUGAUAAUACUGAUAAUAAUGACAAUAAUAAUAAUCUUACAAAUGAAUCCAAUGAUAAUUUAAGCGAAUCUUUGAAUAAUUUAAACAAAUUCAAUGAUCAAUUAACCAUAAAUGCGUCAGGUGAUUCACCACUCAUCACCACAGAUUUCUACAAUUUACCAUAUCCACCUGGUUAUUGUAUUAUAAAACAAAAUGACACAACAGCGCAGACAACAACAAUAACUUUUGGAGAUCAAACGAAUAAGUCAAGCGAAAUUGGCGAAGAAAAUUCAAAAGAACCAAGAAUGACUAAAAAAUUUUUAAAACAACUUUGUGCAAAGAAUAAAUUAUAUCAAACACCACAAUUGAAUGAUAUUCUCUAUUUACAUUAUAAAGGAUUCUCAAAAAUUGAAAAUCUCGAAGAAUAUACCGGUUUAAAAUGUUUAUUUUUAGAAGUGAAUGGUAUAUUGAAAAUUGACGGUUUACAAAAUCAAACAGAAAUGCGUUCACUUUAUUUAUCAAAAAAUUUAAUACGUUCCAUUGAAAAUUUAGAUCAUAUGAAAUAUUUAGAUACAUUAGAUGUAAGCCAUAAUAUGAUUGAUAAAAUUGAAAAUCUUGAUAUGCUACCGAAUUUCACAAAAUUAAUCAUUUCACACAAUAAACUAACAAAAAUUGAAGAUUUAAUACAUUUGAUUCAUUGUGAAAAAUUAUCAGUUCUUGAUAUUCAACAUAAUUUUAUUGAAGAUCCUAAUGUUGUUGAAGAAGUGUUUGCUAAGAUGCCAAGUUUACGAGUUUUAUACAAUCAAGGAAAUCCAUUCAUUAGAGAAGUGAAGAAUUAUCGUAAAUUUGUUAUUCAACAAUGUAAAAACUUGACUUAUCUAGAUGACCGUCCUGUGUUUCCAGUGGACAGAGCAUGUGCUGAAGCAUUUUAUGCCGAAGGCAUUGAAAAAGAACGUGAAGUUCGACAACAGUGGAUUGAUGCAGAACAAAAAAAGAUCACUGAUAGUGUGAAAUGGUUAUCCAAUCGACGUAAAAUCAUUGAAGCAACACGUCGUGAAACUGAAUUACGUAAACAAGCUGAAGAAGCUGGUUUACCAACGGAUGAUAUCAAUGUUGCAUUGGAAGAUGUUGACUGGUUAUAUGGAAAUGUUGUAGAAAAUAAAAGUAAUUCAAGUCAAGAAGAACAUGAAGAUGAAACAAAUCAUGACGCGGAGAAUUCAACUACAUCAUUACCAUCCAGUACAACAGAAGAUGAAUCUCACCUUGGAACAGAUUCUGGAACAUUGAACACAACUGUCUCUGAAGAAUUAUGCUCACAGGGGAUAGAUCUAAUGAAAACUGAUAAUGUUGAAGUACAUAUUCCAACUGAUCAGUAUAACACAGAAACAAAUGUUCACGAGAAUAAUGUUACUAAUGAAGAAGAAGAAGAAGAGAAUAACGUUGAUAAAAAUGAAACAAAUGCAGGCGAGUGCUUUGAAGAAACCAAGAUUGAAUCAAUUGCAACCAAUGAAGAAAUAACUUUUCUGAAAGCUAAUUCAAAUCAUGAUUCCAUUUUCAAUCAAUUAACUAGUGAUAAUCACAAUGGUACUACUAAUUCGGAUCAGAAUGAAACAAGCAGAAACAAGUUAUUGUCACUUUUAACUAUCACCGAUAAUAAUUCUACUGAUGACGAACAAUCGGAUCAUCAAAGUGAAAAUAAUCAUCACACAGAAAAUAUUGAAAUAGAUAACUCAGUUGAUAAAAUACGAACUAUGAAAACUUCAAAGAAUCUUCUUAUCACACCAAUCGAUAGUGGAGAUCAGCUUGAUGAAACAAUCGUGUUAACUGAAGAAACUAUUAGAGAAAAUGUAUCUCAUACUGCGAAAUCUGCAUUCAUUGAAGAAUUAUGCAAUGAAGCCGAUGAUCAUAAACCGAAUGACACACCAUGUAUGAUGAAUACAACUUUAAAUGAACAUAAUACUAUUGUCGACUCGAAUGAAACAACUAAUCAGAAUGUUAUUGAAAUCACUGGUGAAGAACGAGAGAAUACCAACGACGAAUCGGUCGAUGCGUGUAUACAGGCAAAACAUGAAUUUGAAUAA